CCGCUGGCUCAGAGCUGCGCUGCCCUCGGAGGUGGGUGCGCGCUCCUCGCCCCUCCUUCCUCCUCCGCUCGCGCCGCCGCUCCGGCCAGAGAUGCCUCCUGAAUACGCGAUGAAGGGAACUAGGCGCUGAGCGGGCGGCGGCGGCGGCGGCCGGGGCGGGGGGGGACGACGGCUCUGCACUGCAGCGACGCACGAGGCGAAGCGGAGCCCCGGAAGGAGAGCGGCGCCGGCGGAGGAGCCGAGCCCAGCGCGUCUCCGCAGGGGCCAGGCGGCCAAGGAGGCUCGUGGGGAGCCGGCGAGCAGCGGGCGGCCGCCAUGCUGAACAACCUGACGGACUGCGAGGACGGCGAUGGGGGGGCCAGCCAAGGCGAUGGGAACCCCAAGGAGAGUAGCCCUUUCAUCAACAGCACGGACCUGGAGAAGGGCAAGGAGUAUGACGGCAAGAACAUGGCCUUGUUUGAGGAGGAGAUGGACACCAGCCCCAUGGUGUCGUCCCUGCUCAGUGGACUGGCCAACUACACCAACCUGCCCCAGGGCAGCCGCGAGCACGAAGAGGCCGAAAACAAUGAAGAGGCCAAGAAGAAGCCAGUCAAGGCUACCCGAAUGGGCACCUUCAUGGGAGUUUACCUGCCCUGCCUGCAGAACAUCUUUGGCGUCAUCCUCUUCCUCCGCCUCACCUGGGUGGUGGGCAUCUCUGGCAUCAUGGAGUCCUUCUGCAUGGUCUUCCUGUGCUGCUCCGCUACGAUGCUGACGGCCAUCUCCAUGAGUGCCAUUGCAACCAACGGCGUCGUGCCAGCUGGGGGUUCCUACUACAUGAUCUCCCGCUCUUUGGGCCCGGAGUUUGGCGGUGCUGUGGGGCUCUGCUUCUACCUGGGCACCACUUUUGCCGGCGCCAUGUACAUCUUGGGCACCAUCGAGAUCCUGCUGGCCUACAUUUUCCCACCCAUGGCCAUCUUCAAGGCAGAGGAUGCCAGCGGAGAGGCGGCUGCGAUGCUGAACAACAUGCGGGUCUACGGGACGUGUGUGCUCACCUUCAUGGCCACGGUGGUCUUCGUGGGAGUCAAAUACGUCAAUAAGUUUGCCUUGGUCUUCCUGGGCUGCGUCGUCAUCUCCAUCCUCGCCAUCUACGCCGGGGUCAUCAAGUCCGCCUUCGACCCGCCCUCCUUCCCGAUAUGCCUGCUGGGCAACCGGACCUUGUCCCGCCACGGCAUCGACGUGUGUGCCAAGAUCAUCCAAGUGGGCAACGAGUCCGUGGGCUCCCAGCUGUGGGAACUCUUCUGCUCCUCACGCUUCCUCAAUGCCUCCUGCGAUGAGUACUUCACCCAGAACAACGUGACGGAGAUCCAGGGCAUCCCCGGCGCCGCCUCUGGCCUCAUCCAAGAAAACCUCUGGAGCACCUACUUGCCCAAAGGGGUGAUCAUAGAGAGGGAGGGGAUGACCUCCGUGCCCCCCUCGGACCCUCUCGUCAAUAUGGACCAGCCUUAUGUGUUCAGCGAUAUGACCUCAUAUUUCACCCUCUUGGUCGGCAUCUACUUCCCGUCUGUCACAGGGAUCAUGGCUGGCUCCAACAGGUCCGGAGAUCUGCGUGAUGCCCAGAAAUCGAUCCCCACGGGCACGAUCCUGGCCAUCGCCACCACUUCUCUCGUCUACAUCACCUCCGUGAUCCUCUUUGGGGCCUGCAUUGAGGGGGUCGUGCUCCGGGACAAAUUCGGUGAGGCCGUCAACGGGAACCUGGUGGUCGGCACCUUGGCCUGGCCCUCCCCCUGGGUGAUCGUCUUUGGCUCCUUCUUCUCCACCUGCGGGGCGGGGCUGCAGAGCCUGACUGGGGCCCCACGGCUCCUGCAGGCCAUUUCCCGGGACGGCAUCAUACCCUUCCUGCGGGUCUUUGGCCAUGGCAAAGCGAAUGGGGAGCCCACCUGGGCUCUGCUACUGACAGCCUGUAUCUGCGAAAUCGGAAUCCUCAUUGCCUCACUGGAUGAAGUGGCCCCCAUUCUCUCCAUGUUCUUCCUGAUGUGCUACAUGUUUGUCAACCUGGCCUGCGCAGUCCAGACCCUGCUGAGGACGCCAAACUGGCGGCCGCGCUUUCGCUAUUACCACUGGACCCUCUCCUUCCUGGGCAUGAGCCUGUGCCUGUCGCUGAUGUUCAUCUGCUCCUGGUACUAUGCGCUGGUGGCCAUGCUGAUCGCAGGACUCAUCUACAAAUACAUUGAAUAUCGGGGGGCAGAGAAAGAGUGGGGGGACGGCAUCCGAGGCCUCUCCCUCAGCGCAGCCCGGUACGCCCUCUUGCGCCUGGAGGAAGGGCCCCCACACACCAAGAACUGGCGGCCACAGCUGCUUGUGCUCGUCCGGGUGGAUCAGGACCAGAACGUGGUCCAUCCACAGCUGCUCUCAUUCACCAAUCAGAUGAAGGCCGGCAAGGGGCUGACCAUCGUGGGCUCUGUGCUGGAGGGCACCUUCUUGGACAACCACCCACAGGUCCAGCGUGCGGAGGAGUCCAUUCGGAGGCAAAUGGAGGCGGAGAAAGUGAAGGGCUUCUGCCACGUGGUGACCUCUUCCAUGGUGCGUGACGGCGUGUCCCACCUCAUCCAGGCCAGCGGGCUCGGAGGCCUCCAGCAUAACGCUGUGCUGGUCGGCUGGCCACGCAACUGGCGCAGCAAAGAGGACCACCAGACCUGGAGGAACUUCAUCGAGUUGGUGCGUGAGACCACAGCCGGCCACAUGGCACUGCUCGUGGCCAAGAACGUGGCCAUGUUCCCGGCCAACACAGAGCGCUUCUCUGAGGGCCACAUCGACGUGUGGUGGAUCGUGCAUGACGGAGGGAUGCUGAUGCUUCUGCCGUUCCUGCUCCGUCAGCACAAGGUCUGGCGGAAGUGCAAGAUGCGGAUCUUUACGGUGGCCCAGAUGGACGACAACAGCAUCCAGAUGAAGAAGGACCUGACCACCUUCCUGUACCACCUCCGCAUCACGGCUGAGGUGGAAGUGGUGGAGAUGCACGAGAGCGACAUCUCUGCCUACACGUAUGAGAAGACGCUGGUGAUGGAGCAGAGAUCCCAGAUCCUCAAGCAGAUGCACCUCACCAAGACGGAGCGGGAGCGAGAGAUCCAGAGCAUCACUGACGAGUCCCGUGGCUCCAUUCGGCGCAAGAAUCCCACCAACACGCGCCUGCGACUCAGCGUCCCGGAGGAGCAGGUGGGGGACAGUGAGGAGAAGCCUGAAGAAGAGGUGCAGCUGAUCCACAACAAAACCGCCACCACCUUCUCUAGCAGUUCUCAGUCUCCAGGGGAGGAAACAGAGGAAACAGAAGCGGAGGCAGCCCCCGAAAAGGUGCACCUCACCUGGACUAAGGACAAGGAGGCAGAGAAGAACAAGGCCAAGAGCCCCGUCAGCCCAGAGAGCAUCAAGGACUUCUUCAGCAUGAAGCCGGAAUGGGAGACCUUGAACCAGUCCAACGUGAGGAGGAUGCACACGGCCAUCCGGCUCAACGAAGCGAUUGUGAAGAAGUCCCAGGAGGCCAAGUUGGUGCUGCUGAACAUGCCCGGGCCCCCCCGGAACAGGAAGGGGGAUGAGAACUACAUGGAGUUCCUGGAGGUGCUGACCGAGCACCUGGAUCGGGUCCUGCUGGUGCGUGGUGGUGGCCGGGAGGUGAUCACUAUUUACUCCUGAGAACCUGGCCGAGGCCCCGGCCCAAAGGUUUGUGUCCCUGAGAGCCCCACCCAUCCCUUCGCACCCAUCUCCCACCGAGCGAGGAAGGCGCGCCCACCCACCGCUGCCCCCUCUCUCUUUGCACUGGAACUGCAGCACCAGGCACCACCCCAGCCGGGAGGCAGCCGCUGCCAACCCCGACCUAUCGACAGACCUCAGCUCUGGGACUGACUCAGCACCGACGGAGCCGCGUGGAGAGGGCUGGGAGCCGCCUGCAGCCGAGUGCCGCUUCCAGCAGCGUCCUGGGUGGCCGAAGACUUGGUUGUGCUGCUGGGCCCUCCCCCCGCCCGCUUUUCUAGUGUUGCCUUUGUCGGAUGCACCUGCUCCCUGCCCCCCACCCCCACCCCAGCUCCCGAGAUGGGGAGAGAGCGCCAGCCGAGGCCACCAGCAUGCUUUCCCUGCCAGCGCCGGCGUCUCACUCCCCCCCGCCUGCAGUCAUGUUGCCCUCCGCCCGUCCCCAGGACCACGCCCACACCCAGCACCCCCCAACAGGGACCGGGUCCACACUAGGAUCUUUGCGGGGAGGGAAGGACCAAUGGAGGCUGGAUGGACAUCUGUCGGCAGUUCUGAGAUUGUGUGUUCCUGCAUUGCAGGGGGUUUGGACUUAAUGGCCCUUCUUGGGGUCUCCCUCCAGCUCCAUGACUCUAACUGGGCAUCCCUGACUCCCUGACUGCUGCCUGGGUGGCAUGCCCAUCUCGGUUUAGGGAACUGGUUCCUCCCCUGCCCAGGGAGAAGACCUGCCCUCCCGCAGGACAGAGGCACAUGCCAAAGGGUCACCGCCACUUCUUCCGCUGCUUUGCCCUCACAAGCCCAGGGCGUGGUUGCAGGGUCUGUCGGACUCUGGGCCAGGAAGCUCUGCCUUCUGGAGCCAAAUGCAGGGCCCAAAUGCAACUCCCCUUCUCCCCCCCCCCCCCCCCCAUUCCAGGCUCCAGACCUUGGCUGGCCCAUUUGCACUUUAGGAGAGGGGUUUUGCUGCCUGAUGCCCCCCCUUCCCCUGGGCCCAAGGGAAGCCAUGGCCGUGCUGCUGCGGCUGCUGGAGCCAAUUGGGCCUCCCGCCCACCCCCACGGAUGCCCAGAAGUCCCAAGCCCUCCCCCGCUUUCUUGGCUUAAGAAGCUAGGCAGGAAGGCUCCCCUUUUCAGGACUCAGGCA